AUGGCGCGUCUUAACGAUCCGCCAAAGAGGAUAGGCUACGAAGCCUCGCCCUCAGCCACUCGCGCAUCCAGCCCUCCCCCCUCUAACGAAGACGCGGAAGCUGCCGCCCAGCAACUCUUCACCGAAACCGAAUCGCGUUCCCCUGUCGCAAAUGUCCCACCACCUUCUGCAGUCCUCGGAGCAAACCUCCUCAAUGCAGCGCGUAUAGAGCACCGAAAUAGUAGUCCGCCGGUAGACAUGGCGUGCAAAGCAAGAGGCAAGCUCAAGCGGGUGACCAUGGUUCCUGAUGGCCCGAGGCAGAAUCUCGCUAGACGGGGGGAUGUGUAUGAUAUCGAAUUGAGUCCUGAGAAAGGCCGAUAUGCGCUGCCGGAAAAGGUCAAUCACAAGAAGCUAAAGGUUAUGAAGAAAAAGAACAAGAAGGUGGAGCAGGAGAAGGUCCAUGAGCCUAUUGCUUCGUCAGAUGCUCCGGUGCUGGAAGCGAGUGGACGGCAGUCGGUUGAAGUCUUGGCUCAGGUUGGAGUCGGGGACGAUAAUGAAGAGCGCCCUUUACCUCCAUCCCCGUCCCAAGCUGCCUUUGCUGGUACCGACGACCACGUUAAUGAGGCAGUUGAGGAGACUGGCCGACCGGAAGAUGUAGAAAUUGAAGAAACGCUCGCCGACGGAAAGCCUCGAUGCAUCGCAGUUGCUUACAAGUACGACAAACGUACGGGUCCUCGUUACCAGCAGUGUAAAAAAGGUGGAUGCUAUGCUACAGAGACCGGAACACGAUGCAGUAUACACCAUGACAAGCAUCCUGCCGUGAGGUGUGGAGACAUCACAGUCAUAGAAGGCACCACUACGCAAUGUCAUAGAAUCGCGACGGUGGAAACUAUCAAUGGUGCACGGUGUCCGACCCACGAGAACCAACAUGCGAUACAACCGCCAAAGUCGCCUGUACAGGAAGAAGAAGCUCCAACCAGUGCGCAACCCACGUCUAAGAGGAAAUUGGUCUCAGAGACUGGCAGUGACAUGCCUCAGAACCCAAGGAGACAUCUGGAGCAGAGCUUGGGCAGUUCUGAUCCCAUAAAAAGAAACCAACGUCAAGUGCAAAUCCCGGUUCGCAAGAGUAAGAAACAACGGACCGACAAAGAGCCAAUAGAUGUCCAGGACACUGCAAACACAGAAAUAGGAGAGCGAUCAGAACUAGAACCUGCCAAGAAACGUGGAAAGCCCCGAAAGCAAGCUUCUAGCGGAAGUACCAAGUCGAGUGACCAGGUCCCAGGCGGAGCGCAAAGUGCAGAUAGCAAUAGGGAAGAGUCAGUGCAAGCCACAAAUACCGUCGGUGAAGUGGCCUCAGAUGAUGCAUAUGUCGAAGACGCGUCGCAACAUGCUGAAUCUGAUUCAGAAGAACGUGAAAAGGCACCUAGAAUUGUUUCUGAGCACACUGGUGACAUUGAAACUAUUUUCAAGUUCCUCGACAUCGAAGAACGCGCUGGAAAGUGUCAAACCAAACUGGCAAGAGUUAUCAGGCGUACAUGCUAUAGAGGCGCUCCCAAAAAAGAGGACGACAUGUCAAUGGACGAAGUCAUGGAGAGUGUUGACACAGUGCAAUCGCAGCUUAGACUUGUUCAUUCAGAGCUCGAAGAGGUAGACCGACCAGCAUUCAAGGCUGAUGCCUACAGUCAUGUCUUCCACCAUCUGACGCUAUUCCUUGAGGCACUGUACGAUUGGCUGUCUGAGAAAUGUGGUACCGUGACUGAGUCGCAGGAAGCGCUGCGUAUACUGUUACGACUCAUGGGCCAUAUUUUGACGUUGAAGGACAUGAUUACCACAUGGAACGUCUCUGUACCUCAACGCUACAGGGGUGAUAGACUCAUCCGAGACGUCGACUCGGGGCUCAUUACUCCGCUUCGACAGGUGGUAAAGGUGUAUCGCACACGUCUGAGUCAACUCAAAGAUGAGCAGCGACGUCUUGAACAACUGGAGGAGCUUCAGCGGAGAGUGCAGCAGAAAGCAGAAGAAGAGAGAAUUCAGAUGGAAAUACGAGAGAAAAAGCUAACAGCGUGGAGACGCUGGCAGGAGCUGCAUGUAGCUCGUAUGCGGUGCGAGCCAAACCCUAUAAGAAGAAGGAAUCUCGUCAUUACACCCCUGGAAUCUAUCGAAGCUGCUGAAGAAAGGGAUGCAAAUGGCUUCGAGUUUGAGCGAAUACCAGUCUUCAUGCCGCGUUCCCAUCCACCUCACCACUCGGGGUCAACACGCACAGAUAAUCACGAAUGGACUGAUGAAGAGGAGGCGGCCCUACUGGAAGGGCUGGAGCAUUGUGCAGGGCAUCGAGUCCUCGAGGAUGUAUUCCAAAAAUACUGUAAUCCCAAUGCUGGGUCACAUCCAUACCGUGGUAUUCUACGCGAUUGCACCGUUACCGAUAUCACGGCGAGAUCUGCACGGUUCCGAGCAGAGCUGUGCAAUUUGUAUCAGAAUAAUGGGUGGCAAAUCCCAGACUGGGUGAAAAGUAUACCGGUGUUGCCCUAG